AUGGAAAGACUGAGAGCCCAAGAAGAUAUCAAGAAAGGGCCAUGGUCUGGUGAGGAAGAUGAGAUACUGAUGAACUUUGUAAAGGAAAAUGGCCCCAGAGACUGGAGCUCCAUUCGAUCCAAAGGGCUCUUACCAAGAACUGGAAAAUCUUGUCGUCUCAGAUGGGUCAAUAAACUUCAACCCAACUUAAAAAAAAGGCAUGUUAAGCUAAUUGUUCCCGCUUCUUGUUCUUUUAUCUGUCGAACUUGCAUUCUACACAUUGUGAAAAGAAGAGGAUGCAAAUUUUCAGCAGAGGAAGAGAGAGUGGUCUUGGAGUUGCAGGCUACACUUGGAAACAAAUGGGCAGCAAUAGCUACAUAUUUGCCCGGAAGAACUGAUAAUGAUGUGAAGAAUUUUUGGAGCACGAGGCAAAAGAGGCUGGCCAGGAUACUGCGAGCAUCAUCACAACCAAACAGGGCGCACAAGCAUACAGCUAAAGCACCGGUUGUAAAUGAAGCUUCUACUUUGCAAGCCUCUGUUUCCAGCUUCAAUCAGGUUAAAGAGACUUCAUUACAAUGUCAUAUCUGCUCCUGUUUUUGGUCUGAAAAUGCCAAUGCUAUCAAUAUUUUGCCACCACCAGAUUGCCUAAACAUGGGUACAGCUGGUGUGAUCUCGGGUGUUCCUCCAGCAGUUGAUGAGCAUACAAGUCCUCCCCAACUCUGCAUCCAGAGCAACAAUCAUCAACCAUCUGUUUCACCUCCUUUUGGAAUCUCUUUCAGCACUGAGCAGCCUAAACCAGCACUGAAUAACCUUCCCCUUUGGCAAGAAAAUCAGGAUUUUGGGGCGGAACUUGGUGAGCCAAAUUUUAUGGGUGCGUUGACGCAACAAGAAUCUCUGGAAGUUGGAAAUAUGGCACAGCAUAACCUGGGAUUGUCACUGGAUGAAUUGGAGGCCACUGGCCAGAAUUUUAGUGAGAUUAAUGACUAUAAGGAUAAGAUGUUGACGAUACCUGAUACUCUAUUUGGUGAUCUCUCGGAUGACAUGCUUGAUAAUCUAGAUGCAGUUCCAAGAUCAUCUUCUUAA